UGGGGCAUGAUGUAAGGAAUGUUUAGUAUUAUUUACUGCGCUAACGUCUAUGGGGAUGAUGAGCACUUGCCAUUAAGUGGAAUGGCAAUAAAAAAAUGCCUUUAAUCAUCUCAGUUAUAGUUGGUGAAGCAAAAAAUGUAUUUGGGAUUAUUUAUUUUGCUCAUUUCCUGGAUCAAUGUGACUUUAGCAGAAGAUUUAUCAAAAAAUGAAUUGAAAUAUCUCCUUGAAGCAUUAAGAAGACAUAACAGGCGUAUUGAUAAUGAUCAAUCAGAUAUACCCCAGUCUAUAGAAGAUCUUCCACGAGCCGAGCCCUUAAAACCAGGGCAUACGUUAUUGCAACCAAAUUUAGAUAUGCUGAAAUCAGCUGCGAAGUACCCACAAAGAGACGUUAGUGGAACUGCUGUUUACGGGAAUUUGAAAAAUCUUGGAAUAACAUUUGGAAAAACUAACGAACGCGUGUCGUAUACUGGCUUUCGAAAGUCCAACGAUUUACUGGUAGCAUUGUUACGAGCAAUACUAAAAAUCCAGCAAAAAUACGAUAAAAGGAGUUCGUCUGUGUUGGUUAUAGAAAUCGAUCCAACAAAAUUUAAGCGAGAAGACAAACUUCGAAUAUUAGGUGAUGAAGUGGUAUCGGAGAUCGACAAUAAUGGCAGUGAAAUAUUAGAUGACUUCGAUUCUGGUACAAUUGACGCAAGGAGGAGAAGUCACAGGAAAAAGAAAAAAAGCAAAUUCAGAGAUCGUAGCAGUGAUGAGUCUUCGAGUGCCGAUAGCGUUUCAUCAUCAAGAUCUUCAGACUUCGAAAGGAAUCCAGGCAAUCUAUAUACAGUCCACAAGGAUAAAUACAAACAAAACUGGCUUUGGAAUCAUUUUAUGGACGGCGAUCAUAUGAACGUGAAUCCUUACGCGCCGCAAUUCAGCAAUGCUGGUCCUUCAGGAGCUGCGUUGUUCUUUGGUAGAAAAUGGUGGUACUAUAAUCAGGACGACUACAAGCCAUUAAAGUAAAUAAAAAUGAAAAUAAUAUA